AUGGCGUUCACUGAACUUGUUGAAACUCAACGCAAGUAUUUCCGUACAGGAGAGACGAAGCCGAUUCCAUUCAGAAAGCAACAGCUUUUGAGACUCAAAAAAUUUAUUGAAGAAAACCGUGAGGCUUUGUCCGAGGCAGUAUGGAAGGAUUUGAGAAGACGUCACGAAUCGACAGAAAUUCUUGAAAUCGGAAUGACCAUUGGAGAAAUCGACUACUUCUUAAAAAAUAUCGAUGAAUGGGCCAAACCAACUCAUGUUGAAAAGACAUUCACAACCGCAUUGGAUAAGCCAGUUAUCGAGAAAGAUCCAAAAGGAGUCGUACUCAUUGUCUCACCAUGGAACUAUCCAGUUUCUAUGAUUCUUCUUCCAAUGGUUCCAGCUCUUGCUGCUGGAAAUACCGUAGUUAUCAAACCAUCCGAGUUGUCUGAAAACGUGGCUGCCACUUUCGAGAAGCUAAUUCCAAAGUAUUUUGAUUCGAAAUACGUAGCCGUUGUGAACGGAGGAAUCCCUGAAACCACCGACUUGCUCAAAGAGAGAUUCGAUCAUAUUCUCUACACAGGAUGUCCACCAGUCGCCAAGAUCAUCAUGACCGCUGCUGCUAAACACUUGACACCAGUCACUUUGGAAUUGGGAGGAAAAUGCCCAGUCGUCGUCGAAGAUGAUGCUGAUAUCGAUAUCUCCGCGAAACGUAUUGCGUGGGGUAAAUGGCUGAACUGUGGACAGACUUGUCUCGCACCAGACUACAUUCUGGUCAACAGCACUGUCAAGCCGAAGCUUGUUGCUGCUAUCCGCAAAUAUGUCAAUGAGUUCUAUGGGGAAGAUAUCAAAGCAAGCAAGGAUUACUCAAGAAUCAUCAACCAAAGACAUUUCGACCGUAUCACAGGACUUCUCGACAAAACACAGGGAGCUGUUCUUCUUGGAGGAGAGAGCGAUCGUGCAGACCUUUACAUCCCACCAACUAUCUUGGAUGUCGAGAAGACUGAUCCUUUCAUGCAUGAUGAAAUUUUCGGACCAGUCUUGCCAAUCAUCACUGUCAAGUCUUUCUCGGAAUCUUUGGAGUAUAUUGCUGAUGGAGAGAAGCCACUUGCUGCUUACAUCUUCACGAGAAAUGAAGCUAAAGUGAAGAGACUUUUGAAUGAAACUAGCAGUGGAGGUGUUACAGUCAAUGAUAUCCUUAUGCAUAUCACUGUUGACACCCUUCCGUUUGGAGGUGUUGGAGUUUCCGGAAUGGGACGUUAUCGUGGAAAGUUCGGAUUCGACACUUUCACUCAUGAGAAGUCUGUUCUUCAUAGAGGAUUCUUCGGAGAAUCUUUGCAAGCUUCUCGAUAUCCACCACUAAAUCAACAGAAGCUAGAUCAAAUGCGACGUUUGACAGGAAAACGCAUUUCGCUGAAUCUGAUCAAUGUGGCCACACUGCCUAUCGUCAUGGCCUCUUUCGUGUUUGGAAUGUUGUUCCAGGUAUGCCGUCGUUCCCUUUCCGACUAA